AUGGAAAGCACUGACUCAGGAUUACCUGACCUGGAGAGAAGUGAUGAAGACGAGAAGAUUAUCAAAGAUUUGUCUUCAAACUCCACACAACUCACAGAUUGUGAACCUCAUGCUGACAAAAAUAAAGAUCCGUAUACAGAGAUGCCAGAAUCCAGUCCUGAACAAACUAUUACAACAGACUCCAGCUACAUUGUCACCUGUAGAGUCAGCAUCGCAUUAGCUAUUUUGAAAGAAUUGUUCUUCCAGUCUUAUGCAUAUUUUUUUGCACGAUUAAUACUGUUAUUUUUUUGGUUUGUUUUCUUAAAUCAAGUGGAGCAUGAGGAGCAUCUUACUAAUUCUGAGAAAAGAAAAAAAGAGACAAAAAAAAAGGCAUCCAGUGAGUUAGUGGAGGCCCCCAGAGCCCAGGGCUAUUAUUGCAUUGAGUACAACGUGUUGCCUGAUGACCCUGAACCAACCAGAGUAGAUCUAGUGAUGUUCGGCUUGGCAGCUAAACUCUACAUGGCCAACGAGACUAAGGUGCUGAAGCCCUGGCGAGAAGGAAACCAGUUGUGGGUAAGUUGGUCUCAGACUCUAAAACUCAAUGUCAAUAAAGAGCUUUUGAUUAAAUUGGCGUCACAUAAGAUCACAGUGAGAGUAUGGGACAGCAAAGACAAGGUGUCUUUCAAAGCCAAGAAUGACAGACCCAAAGCCUUCAGACUGCCACAGGAGAGGACUGGAGAGCAUCCAGAACAAAUGGGUGGCAUCAGGAAGAUGAUUUGUGAGAUGAGAGCUGUAUACGAGGAGGAGAACAUAAAAAUACGAUCAUUUAUGAAAAACCACAAAGAUCUAGUAUCAUCUGACUAUAGGAAGAGUUUGGAGCUUCAGUACAAUAGAACAGAAAAGAGCCGAACAUCAGCCACUAAGAAGACACUGUUCCAGAAAGCCGCCCAGGAUACUGCAGAACUCACUGAGGUCAAAGAGGAAAAAGAGUCAGCCUUGCUAGAACUCAGUUUUGCUCCUCUCCUUGCAGGUAAUGUCUUCCUAGUCACGUUAUGGUUUCCUUGUAUAAUAUAUGUAAUUUUACAACAUCAGCUAUCAUGUACUUAUGUCUUUAUGUUAGGGAGUAUGAUGCUCUCUGACCGCUUGGGAUUCUGUUCUGGAGGAGUAAAAGAGGGAUUCUGGAAUAUCACUCUUGAUCAGCCACUUCUAUCCGAGCAGCUAAAAGCUGAACUCAAUCCACUAAUCAUCACAGUUUUAUCAGCUUCCUCUCUGCCAUCAUCCCCUGUUCCUUUCCAUGCACUUAAGGCAAAAUGUCAUCCUGUCUACUGUCAGUACAAGUUCUGCAACAUGCCGGUCUACAGAAGCAAAGGCCAUGAUCACAAUGCUAAUAUCUGCUUUAAGGAUGUGAAUGUGAUUUUUACUGGUCUGCUGAGCCCUGGAAAGCUGUUUGAGUUUCUUAACGGUCCACCCAUGAAGAUUGAGGUCCAUGAUCGGGAUAAAAAAAUGGAGAAACCCUCCAGUAAACCAGCUAUAUUCGGGACUGACCCCAGUGAUGCCAAAGAAGAUUUGUGGGUCACACGUAAUGCAUUAAAAGCAGAUACUGAACUUCAUGAUCCAUAUGGCAUAGCCAAACUAGAUCUCUCAGAUCUUCUUCGAGGAUGCAGAUAUUUGAAACUGAAAUUGCCCAUAAGGAGAUCUUCAGAAAUUCCCUCAGAUAUUGCAAUGCCAUUGGGUCAUUAUCUUGAAGCUGACACCCAACUGAAAGUCCAGGUGGAGAUAGCACAUACCAUUCAUCGUGAAGAUAGCAACGGUGAUAGAGACUGUCCUUUUGGCCGCGUCAUAUAUGUCUUCAAGUAUAACAAUACACCUGUCUUAGCCAAACUGACAUCAGAAAUUCUACAGAUCAAUGCAGAUGCCUUCCAACUAAAGCAUUAUCCAAAAGAAACAAUUCAAAGGCUCCUGUCUUGUCAUAAAAUAAGCACCAAAGACAGGGAGAACAAAAGGUUUAAUGUUCUCACUGGAUUUCAUUUGAUGGAUAAGGCUCUACACCUUUUUGUUCUGGAAGGAUUGAAGGAUCAAGCAAUCAAAAGACUGUGGACUACAGUGCCUAUAAAGUAAGAAAGUCGUUAUUUAAAAUGCUCCCACAUGUGCACAACAUUUACCAAUAUGCAGCAAAGCAAAAUUCCUGAAGAUCAUACAGGCUGAUCUGAUCCUUUCCAGGUUGGAUGGUGAUGAGGAGGAACAGGUGACUGUGCUGUAUAACUCAGACUUGAGUUUCUCAGAGCGACUGUAUGACAUGCUUGAUGUGGGUCUGAGCCCCGUUUGCCUUGUAAAACCACUUGAGACCAUUUUGUUGGAGCCUCUGGUGUUUAUCAGAAAUACAGUUCCUCAUGCCUGUCUUGAAGCCUUAAAACGUAUGAGCCACAUCUGCAAAUCCAAGAAGCUUCAAGAAGUAGUGCACCACAACCUGUUACCAUCAGCUGACAUGAUUUUAAGCUUAAGCAAGGAGUUUGGAUCAGAUCUUAGGAGGCUAUGGUUAGCAACAGAGAACAAGCAAUUUCAGGAGGAUUUACCUGAUCAUCAUAACAUCAGAAAGAGAGCUCACACACCUCUAGACAACUUCAACAGACAAUACUUCCAAUGGAAACAGAAUGAGGGAAAUCACGUGAAGGACUUUAUCCAGGCAAACAUUGAAGACAUCCACAGGACAAGUAGCGACUUACAAAAGUCAAAGCCUAAUAUGUUUUUGGAUACUAUUACUGACAGUCAGAUUGUCAAUUACUACAAUGUUCAAACAACGAAUUCCCCAACUCUACUCUACAGACAAUUUUUGAAGGUUGGCAUAAUUUUAUUUAAGCUUGAAAACUAUAAAAAAGAUGACUGUGAUGUGCUUAGACAGGCUCCUGGGUCUUUCUGAGAAUAUACUACAACUGUAUAUUUAAAGUAAAAUACGACUAUUGUCUUUCUAGGACUCCAUUUGCAUUCGCUUCUCUUACCCUGGUUUUAAGAGCAGUAUUGAAUCUAACCAGCACCCGAAGCGGCCAGACGAUGCUCGGAUAGAGGAACUGAGAAAGGUGCUGUCGAGGUCAUGCCAUACUGCUGUUACCCCCAUCUGUGUCAUGUUUCUCUCUCAGUGCAAUGUCAACUUUAUGGACAUUCCUAAGAGCUUAAGCAAGAAGAUAGAGUUUUACCGAUGUUUACCUACCUUACCAACUUCUUUACAGAUCCCCAGAGCUUAAGACAGUAUUUAGUUGCAAGUGCAGUGACAGGGCUAAUGCUGAUUGACUCACGGGACACAGAGUUAUCUAGAAGCAUGUGCUUGCCUGAAAUUGAUUUAUCAGCCUUUCAAACUCUGUAACUUAUUGUUCCCUGCUGAACAUGAGCAUAGCACCCAAAAAUGUGAACCUUACAAAUGACAGAUUGAUGGUAUCAUUAGUAGUUUGUCCUAUUCGAGCAACUGAACAUGUAUAUUUAUGUUUUUCCAAAAGCAUUUAUUGCAACUAACUCUUUUACACAUGGGCUUAAUGAUUUCUUUUUUUCUUCACAGCCUUGGAGAGAAAACAUAUUACAUCGGAACAAAUUGAAGCCAACGCUUUCCAGAUUCAGGCUGCCAUGGAUCCACAGACAUCAGGAUUUUGAACUUUACUCCAAGCCCCCAUUAGAGUUUGGACCAGAACUCCCCCUGAGCAUCCAUUUGGCUGGAGAGGCUCUCCAUAAAGAGCAGCUUCAGG